AAGGCAGCGGGGAAGGCAGCGUCGAUGGCGGCGGCCAAAGCGAUGAUGACCUCGGGGCCUCCGCCGAAGCCGAAGAAGAUCCCACCGCCACCGGCUUGCUUCACGCCGGAAGACAUCGCGAAGUACAAGGAAAUGUUUAAGGCACAUGAUGAAGAUAACACUGAAAAGAUACCGCUAAAGCUCAUCCCCCUAAUGUUACGAAAGCUGGGCUUCAACCCCAAGGCCGAGGAAGUAAAGGAGAUGUUCCGGCUGUUCCUGGAAGACGACCUGGUGGACACGGUGGAGCUCCACGAGUGGUACUUCAUGAUCGAAGCCAAGCUCAAGUGGGGGGACGACAUCGAGCUGGUGGUGACCAAAGCCAUGCAGACUUUGGGACACGAUGAAAACGAAACAGGGUUGUGUGACUUAGAGCUUCUUAAAACAGAGCUGUUUAACUGGGGGGAGCCGUUGGCGGAGGAAGAGUUCGUGGACUGGAUCAAACUGGCGAUGAAGGACAAAACCUACGACGUGAUGUCCGGAGGGUUCAACUACGUCAAGUUUAUUGAGAAUAUGAACGCUAAGGACGAGAGAGCGACAAAGGAACCAAUAAACUACUUCAAGCUAGACCAGAAGACCCUCGCCGCCAUGGCUAUGAAGAAGGCUCAAGAAGAGAAGGAGGAACAGGAGAAGAAGGAAGCGGAGAAGAGAGCGAGAGAAGAGGCCAAGAGGCUGAAGAUGAUAGCAGACGGGUUGCUACCACCCGAUUAGUUUGGCCCCAAAUGGUUU